AUGACGUCACUGUUACACCCUCAGCGGCAACACUGGGGGUGGGGGAAUCAUGACAGUGCGGCGUUCAGCCUGCACUUCGGCCUUACCGCCAUUGCGAUCCUGCUGGAGCUCAUCACCCACGGGAAACGCUACGUGUAUGCGCUCCGCGGCUAUUCCGGAACGACAUCUAACAGCGAAUACAACCUCACGUUGUGGCCGUUCCGGAUAAACUACACACACAGUGACAGUAAGGUGUACCCGAUGAGCACCGAGGACCUGAUUGAGAAGGUCUGCCCCCUAUAG